AUGGAUACUGCGAAUUCACAAUCAUCCAAAAAUAGUGACAAUGCAAACAUCACCUUACUUGCAAGGCAUUCGUCGUACUCUGCCACUGCCGCACUAAGCGCACCAGAAGCAACCGCUUCGGACACACAUUCUGACGCGACCUUUGGGCAAGCCGUUCUUCUCGCUACUGCCCAAUUACGAGCAUGUGACAUCAACGGAAAGCAGCAUGUUUUGCGCGUUCUUUUUGAUUCAGGCUCACACUCUUCAUUUAUAACUGAAGCAUGUGUUCAAAGAUUACAAUUAGCUAAAAGGCGAAGUGAAGUCAUUGUGUCCGGAAUCGGAUGCUCAAAGGGUAAGGUAAAGGGCGAAACAUCAUUGUUGUUGACGCCAAUGGAGGGCACCGAAACAUUCCCUCUAUCUGCUCUCGUGUUGACAAAGCUUACAGAAUCUUUGCCCGCGACGAAAAUACACUCUUCCAAAUGGCCGCACAUUGAAGGCUUAAAAUUAGCUGAUCCGCAGUAUUACCUGCCAGCUCGCAUCGACUUAAUUAUAGGGUCUGAUGAAAUGUAUUCGCUAUUGGAAACAGAGGUUAUAAAGGGCCCGCCUAAUACUCCGAUCGCGCAGAAGACAGUUUUUGGCUGGGUGCUGUUCGGCAAGCUAACUACCUUAGAUAAAUCGAACAAUACAUCUCCUUGCAUAUAUUCAGAUCGCGACUUAACAAAGGCAGUGAUAAAGGCGUGGACACUUGAUGAAUUACCGGAGACUCGUUACUUUACGACAGAAGAGACAAGAUGUGAAAAUCUAUUCGAAACAACUCACCGACGAAACACGCAAGGGCGCUUUAUCGUGCAUUUGCCAUUUAGGGAAAAUAUUAAAUUAGGUGACUCACGGGCUAUAGCGAUACAAUGCUGGUUAAGAAUGGAAAGAAGGCUUGAGCUAAAUAACGAGCAUCGAGAACAAUAUCAUGCAUUCUUGCAAGAUAUGUUGGAUCAGGGUCAUAUGGAGCCGUACGCCUUAACCGCUGACAUCAGCGGUAUGUAUCGUCAAGUAAUGGUCGCUGAAGAACACGUCGAUUAUCAACGAGUCAUAUGGCGCAGAAGCAAACAUGAGCCCUUACAAGAUUUUCGUAUAUUAAGGGUUACUUAUGGUAUUGCCUCUAGCUCUCAUCUCGCAAUCAAAGCGCUGCAGCAGACAGCCAAAGAAGCCGCUACAUGCUACCCCCUCGCAUCUUCCGUCAUCCUCCGAGAUUUUUAUAUGGACGACUUGUUAACCGGUAGCUCAUCCGAAACAAGCCUCAAUAGUCUGCGCAAAGAAAUAUCCCGAAUACUUGGAAAUGGUUGCUUUGAACUGCGGAAGUGGGCAACAAACUCGCCAUUCGUCAUCCGCAAUAUUCCUCUCGAUGCAAGAGAGCACAAUAUAUCUCAUUUGCUUGCUGACGACGAUACAGUACGCGCUUUAGGACUAAUGUGGAAUUCCACGGAUGACUACUUAUACUUCGACAUCAAAUUGGGGUCCCCACCGAAAAAUCUCACCAAAAGAUCGCUUUUGUCAGAUUCCUGUCGAUUAUUCGAUCCUACAGGGAAGCUGGCUCCAAUCACCUUGGUCCCCAAAACGUUAUUCCAACGACUCUGGCAACUUGGCUUAGACUGGGAUGAUGCAGUACCAGAAGACAUCGCCGCUUGCUGGCUGAAUCAUCGCGAGAAUUUAAAAUUACUUUCUGGACUCAAAAUCCAAAGAUGGCUUGGAACCGGAAUGGAAGGUUCAAAGACAGAUCUGCACUGCUUCGCAGACGCUUCAGAGCAGGCGUACGCUGGUGUAGUAUACGCUCGGACACGACAUGCUGACGGCUCAAUAACUGUAGCUAUGGUAAGUGCAAAAACAAAGGUCUCACCUCUCCGUUCUAUUUCCAUAGCUAAGCUCGAGUUGUGCGCCGCCGUUCUGGUCUCAAAACUCGCACAUCACGUUCAACAAUCGUUAGCUGGACUGGUAUCCAAGAUAUAUGGAUGGACGGAUUCUAUGAACGCAUUGGCCUGGUUACAAAGCCACCCCAGCCGCUGGUCUGUAUUUGUAGCGAACCGAGUCGCAACAGCACAAUCGAAUAUAGCAUCGGAAGAUUGGUCCCAUGUGUGUACAACCGAUAAUCCAGCUGAUUGCGCAUCAAGAGGUAUGCAACCUGCGCAAUUUAUCCAGCAUAAAUUAUGGUGGAAUGGGCCUCCCUGGUUGUCGCAGGAUGAUAAAUACUGGCCUAACUCACCAUCAAUACCACCGACAGAGUUGGAACUGCGUCCAAAGCGAACCCUGACUCACACCGCUUCUAUUGGCGCUGCUAGCUUCAUAGCGCGAGAUAUGCUCGCUAGGUUUUCGUCGUUUUUACGUUUGAAACGCAUUACAGCUUAUUGGUUGCGAUAUAUACGCAAUUUGCGAGAAAAACAAAGGCAAGGAGGUCCGUUAACAUACGCAGAGUUACGUGCCGCCGAAGAAUACUGGAUACGUCAGGUGCAAAGGGAAGCAUUCAACGAAGAAAUCUGGUGUUGCCAACACUCUAAACCUAUCUCGCUUCGCAGCUCACUAAUUCGGCUCAACGUAUUCCUCGACGACAACAACAUAUUAAGGGCGGGUGGUACGAUUCGUCGCUCCGCUGUAUCGCCAGACAUCAAGUUUCCUAUCGUCUUACCGUCAAGGUCCAGCAUCGUUAUCAUGAUAAUUAAUGACCUUCACAAAAGCCUCUUGCACGGUGGACCACAACUUAUGCAGACCGUACUACAACGUCGGUUUUGGGUAAUGGGCGCACGAGGAUUGGUUCGAAAAAUCUUUCAUAAUUGUACUACGUGUCGACGUCAAGGUGCUAUUCCACAGCAACAGAUGAUGGCCGACCUACCAAGCUUUAGGGUUAACUACGCAGGCCGACCAUUCUCUGUCACCGGCGUAGAUAUGGCUGGCCCAUUUAGCGUAAAAUUCUCCAAAGGACGCGGGUCAAAGUCUACCAAGGGCUAUAUAGCUGUUUUUAUUUGCAUGGCGACUGGCGCUAUGCAUCUGGAAUUAGCGAGUAACUUAUCCUCAGAGACCUUCAUCAGUGUUAUUAAAAGAUUUGCCUCACGUCGAGGUUAUUGCCGUACAUACGUAUCUGACAACGGAACUAAUUUUGUGGGUGCUGAGAAAGAUCUACGGACAGUAUUUCAACAGGCGAUGAACGAUCCGAACCUCCAGCAUUUUUUUGCGAACUCUAGCAUAGAUUGGCAGUUUAAUCCCCCAAGCGGUCCUCAUAUGGGCGGUUUUUGGGAGUCUGCUGUUAAGCGUGUAAAGUUCCACCUUCGGCGAGCUCUCAAAUCGACCUUGUUGACGUACGAAGAGUUUUAUACCCUGAUCACCGAAGUAGAGGCUUGCGUCAACUCACGCCCUUUGUGCCCGCUCUCGAGUUCUUCGUCUGACCUGGAAACAUUGACUCCUGGUCACUUUUUGAUUGGCGAGCCCCUCAAAGCAUUACCCGAACCUACAAUGCUCGAUUUUAAGGGUAAUAUAAAUCAACGAUGGCAGCUUAUAUCCGCCGUACGUAACCAUUUUUGGCGUCGCUGGCAGCUAGAAUACCUUUCAACACUGCAAACUAGAGCUAAAUGGGUGCGUCCGAAGAAAAACAUACGAGAAGGGGACUUGGUCGUGGUGAGGGACGAACGUAUUCCUCCUGCGAAUUGGAAGCUAGCUCGUGUCGUCAAAUGCCAUCCUGGACAAGAUGGUUAUACAAGAGUAGUAGAUAUCAAAACUGCCGAAGGCCUGUUGACUAGGCCCAUCGUAAAGCUUGUACCUAUUUUAUCAGAUGAUGAAAAAUCUCAGUAG